UGUAGCGCUCGCAUCACAAGGUCACCCUAUCUCACCGCUGGCUCCUCUGCAUUGGCAGGAGAGGGUUGCUGGGUUUGUACAAGGCUGGGGCGGGAGCAGGAGGGAGGGGGGGAAGAGAUCUGGAUUUUUUUUCUCCCCUCCCUUAAGCAAAGCCACAAUGGAAACCAGGAAGGAGAUGGUGAUGUUUCUGGAGGGGACUACUCUUGGCGCUCUAGUUGGCAAGAGGGUGCCUAAUUUGUCCGAAGCAGUGGGGAGCCCCGCUGCGGAGCCGCAGGAGAAGAUGAUCCAUCGGAACUGCAUCAGCCCCAGACCUGGCCCCUUGUCGUCCCGGGAGAGAGGAGGAGGAGGAGGUGGCGGAGGAGAAGACGAAGAGGAGGUGGAGGUGCUGCCAGGGACAGGGACGGUGCCGGAGAGCCGCUCGGCGGCGGCAGCACUGCUUUCGGCCGGACAGCAGCCCCCCGCCCCGGAGCUCCCCUCCAGCAAAGGGCAGCAGAGCAGCUCGGACACCGAGUCGGAUUUCUAUGAGGAAAUCGAGGUGAGCUGCACCCCGGACUGCGCCACGGGGAGCGCCGAGUACCAGCACAGCAAAGGGCCGUGCUCCGAGGCGUUGGCCGGCAGCCCCAGCGGCGGGGGGGAUCACCCCAAGGGCAGCGGAGGCAGCGGCGGCUCCCAGGGCUCGCUGGCCUGCAGCGCCAGCGACCAGAUGCGCCGCUACCGCACCGCCUUCACCCGCGAGCAGAUCGCCCGGCUGGAGAAGGAGUUUUACCGGGAGAAUUACGUGUCCAGGCCCCGGAGAUGUGAGCUGGCGGCUGCUCUAAAUCUGCCAGAAACCACCAUCAAGGUUUGGUUCCAGAACCGCAGGAUGAAGGACAAGAGGCAGCGCCUGGCCAUGACCUGGCCUCACCCGGCCGAUCCGGCGUUUUAUACGUACAUGAUGAGCCACGCGGCAGCCACCGGGAAUCUGCCGUAUCCAUUCCCGUCCCACCUGCCCCUGCCCUACUACUCCCACAUGGGCAUCGGCGCCACGUCGGCCUCUGGCGCCACCCCCUUCAGUACCCCCCUGAGGCCUCUGGACACCUUCAGGGUUCUCUCCCACCCGUACCCGAGACCAGAACUGCUGUGCGCCUUCAGACAUCCCUCUCUCUACCCUGCCCCAACUCAUGGACUCAGCAGCGCCGGGGGCAACCCCUGCUCUUGCCUGGCUUGCCACAGCGGCCAGUCCAACGGGCUGGCGCAGAGACCCUCCGGAUCAGACUUUACCUGUUCGGCCACAACCAGGACUGACUCCUUCCUCACUUUCACGCCCUCUGUGCUGAGCAAAGCCACCUCAGUUUCCAUGGACCAGAGGGAAGAAGUACCUUUAACGAGAUAAACCUUUGUCUCAGGGUUAUUAAACACUCGUCCCUUUCCAGGAC